ACACAAUCCAUUCCAUGAUAGGAGAACUUGUAAUGUUCGAUUAUGAGCAGGCAUCAAUAUACAAGGUGGACGGCGGUGCGAUGCAGAUGCAAUAUGCAAUGCAUGGUCAAAUUAAGGUCCAGGAAGCAACGGAUGAUCCUGAAAUAGCCAAUGGAUCGGAGCUCCAUCUGCUUGCACUCGUGUGAUCCUCUCCUUGGCUUUUUGGGUUUUGGCAACGACCCUGGCCGCCGCCGCUUGUCUCUCUCGACCAGUAAAGUCAUAAUCAGUUGGUUGAAUUGCCAUGCAUGCCAUGAAUAGCAAGCUAUGCUUCAAGACCAUUCAUUAGUUUCUUCUUCUUCAUCAGAUCAACCAAUAACCAUUAGCGAUCGAGCGGGAGCUAGCUAGCAAAAAUGGCGACGAGGUGGCAGCUGCUGGGGCAGGCGUCGGGGUUUCUGCAGGACAAAUACAAGCAAGCACGGCUGGCCCUGGGCGACGUGACGCCGGCGGAGCUGCUGGUGCAGGAGGCGACCAACAACGACGGCGGAGUGGGCCCCGACGCCAGGACCCUGGCCAGCAUAGCCGACGCCGCCUUCGACAUGGACGACUACUGGAGGAUCGCGGGCGUGCUGAGGCGGAGGAUGGCCCGCGCCGGCGACUGGAAGGAGUGGAGGCCCGUGUACAAGGCUCUGGUGGUGCUGGAGUUCCUGCUCACCCACGGGCCCGACGAGGUCCCACGAGACUUCCUGCCGGACGUUGCCGCCCUGCGCGACCUCCGCGGCUUCACCCACGUCGACGACAGGGGCUUCGACUGGGGUGCCUGCAUGCAGAGGCGCUGUGACAGCGUCCUCUCGCUGCUCACCGACGCCGAACGCCUCCGCGACGCACGACGCCGCAUCCGCGUCUCCCACUCUACUCACGAGCUGGUGCAGCAGCAUGGUUCCCCUUCCUCCUCCUCGGGGUCCCCCUCCUCUGCUUCCUCCCGGACCUCCUCGCAGUCGCACGCCAGCAGCUGGUCCGUCGCCUCCUCCGAUAGCCCCACCAUGGUCUGCCACUGUGCCGCCGCCGCCGACUACCGCCACGACAAGAAGUUCGACGCCUACACGGCGGACGACGACUGGAUGCAGCACCUGCAGGUUCACAACACCACCACUACGCUGGAGUACGACGACGACCACGACCACGACCACGACUGCCCGAAUCAUCCUCCUCUCACUACACCCCGCAGCUGGGACGCCCACGACGACCACGACUGCCCGAAUCAUCCUCCUCACACUACACCCCGCAGCUGGGACGCCCACGUCCACGACUUGUCCCUGCUGCAGCGGCGCGGCCGCCCAGGAACAGAUGCCACCUUCUGCUCCAGGAUGCUUGGCGCCGUCAACGUCAGCAGCCGGGCAUCCGGCUUCCAGAGCUUGUCGCAGCCGGAACGGAGGUCCGCCAGCAAGAAGCUCCAGCGUCAGCUUUCCAUGGAAUAUUGAUCCCCCCCCCUCCAUUAAUUCUAUCAUUCCAACAACAAUAUAAUUCCGAUCCGAGUUUAGUCCAGCCAGCUAGCUGAAUUGCAGAGCUUAGCCUAAGCCAGCUAGCUAGUAGCUUCUUUGAUUUCUUUGGUCCCUUGCUACACUCGACUCAAAUCAAAUGUUAUUGUUACUUGUUUCUUCCCGUGCAUGAGAGCAUGAGCAUCUGGCUUUGUCAUCCAAACAGUUCAGAUUCACAUGAUUUCCUAGUGCUUGUGUGGCAAUGCAAAUAUGCAAUGACAAAGUGCAUUGAUUCUAAUUCAA